AUGCUCCAUUUCCUGCUCAUUUUCCCACGCUUGUUGAGCGCGCAACGCAUUCUCGACGAGCUCACGUACGCGGUUUGGCUGAAUACGAACGGCACGAUUCAAAGCGCCCAUGUUGGUUGGACCGACGAGUAUGGCGACACAUUCAAAUUGGCGUUCGUCGAUGAGCAAUCGGAUCCGAUGGAUUUUCUGUUGGACGAUCCGAAGCCUGAAGUCCGAGUUACCAACGAUUUUCAAACGGCGGCAUUCAAUGAUUUCAUGAAUCGAUUCGAGAAUCACACUGACAUUGGGAAUGUCAAAAUCACUGUCCCCAACGUCACCGCUAGCAUGGAGUCGACGCUUCGGCGAAAUCCGAAAGUUUUGACGCGAAUCGAGACGUUGAGCUUCAAUUCCUACGAUCAGCAAUUGAUUCGAGAAAUGUUGCGUCGUUGCAUCGGCUCGCCGAGCAAACUUCAAAUCUCGUUCUUCGCGUUCCAUCAGCGAUCGAUCGAGAUUCUUGGAUCGCAAUUUCUCGACGAGCCGAAAAUUCGGGGAGUCGGCGAGCUCAACAUGAAGACGAUCGAGAGCGACGUGAGCGACGAGCAACUCGAUCGAUUGUCGUGCCCAAGGAUUCUCAUUCGAUCGUCGUCGGUGUCGAGCGUCGGCAUCAAUCGGAUUCUGCGCGAAUGGCAAGACGGUCGACGAAGAGGUAUGACCUACUUGAAUAUAGUUAGCGACGAUUUGCAAAAGGCGGAAAUCAUGAGCGGUGUGCCGAAGCGGCCCCUUCAACGUGGCGUGUGGGAGAUCAAAAAUCGUUUCGGCCACGUGGCUACCGUAUCCGUCAGUCGUGUGCCGUCCAACUUUUUCGAGCCGAAACCCACUUUUGAGUUUUCGCUUCAAUAA